CGUCCUGUUAAUUGUGCCAAGAAGAAGCACAGUUUUUCGGAGUCCAGUAUGACCACAACUUCAGAAGCAAUUGUUGGAUUUGAGGAUGCGACGCAAGUGCUGAUCGAAAAACUUAUCUGUGGCUGGAAAGAUUUAGAUGUGGUCUCCCUUGUUGGAAUGCCUGGAAUAGGUAAGACAACUUUAGCGAGGAGAUUAUAUAAUCAUAAUUAUGUUGUCCGUCGCUUUGAUGUUUGUUCAUGGUGCACUAUUUCUCAAGCAUAUAAUAAGAGAAAGACAUUGCUUGAGUUAUUGGGUAAGUUGGUUCCUCUUAAUGACAACACAAGGAAUGAUGGUGAACUAGCAGACAAGCUGCGAAAACAUUUGCUAAAAAAGAGGUACCUCAUAGUCAUUGAUGAUUUAUGGACUAUUGAAGCAUGGGAUGACUUAAAGAGAUGCUUUCCAGAUGAUAAAAACAGUAGCAGAAUCAUCUUGACAACUAGACAAGGCAAAGUUGCUUCUUAUACUGAAGUUUUUAGUGCUCCUCAUCAUCUUCGUUUAUUCACAGAUGAAGAAAGUUGGUGCUUAUUGCAGAAGAAAGUGUUUGGAGAAGAAAGCUGCCCUCCAGAACUUGAGCAGAUAGGAGAGCAAAUAGCACAGAGUUGCAGAGGGCUUCCAUUUGCAGUUAUUUUGGUAGCUGGCGUUCUUGCAAAACUGGACAAGGACGAAGUUUGUUGGGAAGAAGUUGCCUAUGGUUUAAGGCGUUCAUGUAUUAUUGCUGGCGAUAAGCAAAAGUACAUGGACAUAAUUGAGUUGAGUUUCAAUUUUUUACCUGAUCAGUUAAAACUAUGUUUUCUCUACUUUGGAGAAUAUUUUGGAAAUGGAGUUAAGGUCCGUAAGUUGAGACAGCGUUGGGUUGCUGAAGAAUUUGCUGUAGCUAAUGGGUUAAAGAGCGCGGAGGAUGUAGCAAAGGACUACAUGAUGGAGUUAAUAGAUAGUAACCUUGUAAUGGUUGUCCGUAGGAGUUUCUCUGGCAAGGUGAAAACAAUUCGCAUGCAUGAUCUAUUACUUGAGUUUUGCUCCACUACUUGUAUACAUCGAUGGGAUGUAGGCGGGUCAGAUGAUUCAAGUUCAACUCAUCCCCAAAGUGGCUAUGAAAUCCAUCGUCUCUAUUGGCCUAAAAAAGGUUCCUCAUGCUCUCAUUCUUUGAUCACUCAUUUACCCCCUUCUUAUGAUAUACUUAACAAGAGAAAUUUAUUGUUUGAUUGCAACUCUAUCCCUUCUCAUGAGUUAUUGACACUGAGAGUGUUGGAUUUGGUGUGCGUCACAUUAAGAAGUGCAUCCUACAUUCAAUUCUUGAUUAAUUUAAGAUACUUGGCCAUGAAAGGGAAUUUUGAGGAAGAUCCAUCAUGGUUAUCCAAGCUCAAGAACUUAGAAACAUUGAUACUUGAGGGAUCGCGCAGAUUAAAUCUGUCACAUGCAAUAUGGGGUAUGGUAAGCUUAAAACAUUUGGAAGUGACUGGUAAACCAGCUGUCAUUACGUGUGAUGUCUCAGAGUUUGAGACCUACCCCCCUUUAGAGAAAUUACAGUGGCUUUCCUUUGCACACUUAGCUGGAGGUGAGGAGUUCCAAAAGUUCGUGUCAAAGGUACCCUGUUUAGUAAAGCUGAGGUGCAUGGUUGAUGAGCCAGAAGUUGGUCAGAGAUGCAUUAGGCUUCCAGGAAGAUUGGAAAAUCUGGAGGUGCUCAAGUUGGAUUCUUAUGCUUUUAAGGGAAGGCAAUGGGAUGUCAAAGAUGAGGAGUUCAGAAACUCAAGCUCUUGA